CCGGGGGGGAGCGGAGCGGAGCGGAGCCGGCCGCGGGGGCUGGGAGACGCCGCAGGCGGCGGCGCGGCCUUCGCUGGGGCCGAGCGCUGUGGUGGGGCCGUCGCCCGGUCCGUAGUCGGAGGCUUUGAAAUAGCCAUGGAUAAACGAGGAGGCAUAGCAGAAACUGAAAAUGGGGAUGCUUUCCUUGACUUGAAUAGAAUAACAGCAGCAAAAUACCCUCAUCGUUACACAAAAGAAGAACUCUUGGAUAUUAAGGAACGUCCUCAUUGUAAGCAGAGGCCCUCAUGUCUUUCUGAAAAAUACGACAGCGAUGGAGUUUGGGACCCUGAGAAGUGGCAUGCAUCUCUGUAUCCAAGCUCGGGGCGAACAUCACCAGUGGAAGGGUUCAAAAAAGACUUGGAUUCAGACCGGACUUCUCUCAUGCGCAGGAUAGUGGAUCCUAGGGAGCGAGUAAAGGAAGAUGACUUGGAUGUAGUCUUAAGUCCACAGAGGCGAAGCUUUGGAGGAGGUUGCCAUGUAACUGCAGCUGUUGGCUCACGUCGUGCAGGAAGCCCAUUGGAGAAGGAGAAUGAUGGAGUCCGUGUUAUUGGUGGACGUAGGAUUGGCAGUGGGAGAAUCAUCUCUGCUCGUAACUUUGAUAAAGACCACCGAGGUGGUGACAAGGACAUGCGUGAUUCUAGAGAUGCAAGAGACCGAGAUCGUGAAAGGGAUUACAAAGAUAAACGUUUCAGGAGGGAAUUUGGGGAUAGCAAACGUGUCUUUGGAGAACGUAGAAGGAACGAUUCCUACACUGAAGAGGAGCCUGAAUGGUUCUCUGCUGGACCUACAAGUCAGUCUGAAACCAUUGAGCUCACUGGCUUUGAUGACAAGAUACUGGAGGAAGAUCACAAAGGGAGAAAACGAACAAGACGACGCACAGCCUCCCUGAAGGAAGGGGUAGAAUGCAAUGGUGGAGUGGCAGAGGAAGAUGAAGUGCAGGCUGUCCUUCCCCAUGAAACUGCAGCAGAUCAGGAAGUUCCUAGAGAAGCUGUACUUCAAGAACCAGCUCCAGGAGAGUUUGACUUUAAUGAGUUCUUUAACCUGGAUAAAAGUGUUCCUGGUUUGGCUUCGAUGAUAGAGGAUGUGCUGGGGGAAGGCUCAGUGUCUGCCAGCAGGUUCAGCAGGUGGUUCUCUAAUCCUAGUCGUUCAGGAAGUCGCUCUAGCAGCUUGAGAUCCACACCUCAUGAAGAACUGGAGAGGCUAGCAGGUCUAGAGCAAGCCAUUCUCUCCCCUGGCCAGAACUCUGGAAACUACUUUGCUCCUAUUCCAUUGGAAGAUCAUUCUGAAAAUAAAGUGGACAUCCUAGAAAUGCUACAGAAAGCCAAAGUGGACUUAAAACCUCUUCUCUCAAGUCUUUCAGCCAACAAGGAAAAGCUUAGAGAGAGCACAAAUUCAGGAGUUGUACUUUCAGUGGAAGAAGUAGAAGCUGGGCUAAAAGGCCUGAAAGUGGACCAAGAAAGGAAAAUUGCUACUCCCUUCAUGGCAGACCAGAUGGAGGAAGCACUAAAUGUAGCUGGCUCCAGACAGGUCAAGAAAGAUGGAGAUAUGACUGCAUUUAACAAACUUGUCAGCAGCAUGAAGGCAAGUGGGACUCUACCAUCACAACCCAAGGUCAAUCAAAACCUUGAAAGCCACUUGAUGUCUCCUUCUGAGAUCCCAAACCAGCCUCUAUCAAAGAAUAUACUGCAGGCUCUUCUGGGUCCACCUAUUGCCAGACCUGCUUCAUCCAAUAUUUUAAGUGGCCUGAUAGGUGGCUUGGAACCAGCACCAUCUUUACUGGGACAAAGAGCACCUUCUCCUCCUAUUUCACAGGUUUUUCCAACUAGAGCUGCUUCUGCAGACUAUCUGCGUCACAGGAUUCCUUCACCAAUUGGUUUCGGACCUGGUUCUCAGCAGUUGCUUGGUGAUCCGUUUCAGGGGAUGCGGAAAUCUAUGAGCCCGGUUGCUGCACAGAUGAGUCCACUGGAGUUGCAACAAGCUGCAUUAGAAGGACUAGCACUACCACAUGAUCUAGCCAUGCAGGCAGCAAACUUCUACCAACCUGGUUUUGGCAAACCACAAAUGGACAAAAGCAGAGAUGGCUACAGGAACAGGCAGCAGCGAGCGACUAAAUCUCCUGCCCCAGGCCACAGAGGGAAUGCAUCAUCUCCGGCCCCUUCUGCAUCCAUCACCAGCAUGCUUUCUCCAUCCUUUACACCUACCUCAGUGAUUCGUAAGAUGUAUGAAAGCAAGGAAAAAAGCAAAGAAGAACCAGUUUCUGGGAAACUGAAAGCUGGUGAUAGUAAAGAUGAAGGUCAGAGGACAAAUGAAGAUAACCUACUGUGUAGCUCCAUGGAGAAUGCAGACCAAGAAAUCUUGCCCACGUUGGGUACCAAACUACCUGCACUGCAACGCUCUGCAUGUUCCACACCUCUUACUCAAACAAACCGUUGCACAAAAGAACAAGACUACAGGCCUAAAUCAUCAGGCAGAAAGACUCCUACAAUGGCAUCCCCAGUUCCAGGGGCUCCUUUCCUCCGUCCUGUUCACCAGGUACCCCUUGUCCCCCAUGUACCACUUGUACGACCUGCUCAUCAACUGCAUCCCGGAUUGGUUCAAAGGAUGCUGGCGCAGGGUGUUCAUCCACAUCUUUCUCUGCUGCAAGCAGGUAUGAUUCCACCUGGAGUGGAUUUGUCUCACUUGCAGGGAUUAUCUGGUCCCAUCCUAGGUCAGCCUUUUUAUCCAGUACCAACAGCUGGCCAUCACCUGCUAAACCCACGCUCUGGGACACCUCUACAGCUUGCAAUGAUGCAACAGCAACUGCAGCGAUCAGGCUCUGGAGCACAGGGAUCAGCUGUUGGUGUGCAAACCACCCCCCAAAAUGUGCCAUCUCGAACUGGACUGCCUCAUGGACACUCGCAGCAUGACCAUCGCACCAGCCAGAGAAGUAGUUCCCCUAUUGGCCUUGCAAAAUGGUUUGGGUCAGAUGUUUUGCAGCAGCCUCUCCCUUCUAUGCCAUCCAAAGUCAUCAGCGUAGAUGAACUGGAAUACCGGCAGUGAACUCUGAGAGGAUAUUUGCUUGUUUAGAGUGGAUAAAAAUGCCUACAGUCAGGAUCUCUUGUUUCACCUAGGUUGUUUUGGGUUUUUGUGGGGCUCUUUAUUUUUGGCACUGUGUGCAGAAUUUCUUUUCAAGAGACUAAAGCACAUGGCACCUGUCCUGGUCUCCAUGUCUGCAUCGGGACUAAAGGAUCUAUUAGGGCUUAAAGUGAAGCCUGAAGUGAUGUGGAUGCAAGACAGACAGUUUAAUCCUGGAAGUCUCUUCUUUUGAUUUUUUUUUUUUUCUUUUUUGUAAGAUAUGUGAAUGAAAUGCUGAAAUCCUCUUAUCUAGAGGUAGCAGCUGAGGGUUCCUCCUACAGAAAAAUGUAUAGACUUUGUGUACAGACUUAUGUAUAAACAAUCUUUUGUAUAUACACUUAGGAUAGCUUUUUUUUUUUUUUUUUGACCCUAUACAGCUGUACAUAAGAGUAGAGCAGUUGAGCUUUAGUUGUGCCUCUGGUUUGGAUCUUUCUCCAUUGUACAUGUGGAACUUCUUUGUUUAAGAUUUAAAAUUGCAUAUCCUAAAUGUGUGAGUGAACAGGAUAAAGUUGCUUUGCCUUUUCUUGCUACUCAUCUCCUUCCAGAAGUCUCCCUUCUCCAGCACAUCCCUCUCUCAUGUACUGUGCACUCAGUGUAGAACUAAAGGUGUUGAAGUAAAAGCCCACAUUUUGUUUCUUGUACAACAGAUCUGACUUCCUCUUGCUCUUUUUCCCUUCUCAUCAAAGGAGGGAGCAGUUAACUUCAUAACUGCUUUGAAGAUGGGACUGGCAUGGAGAUCAGAGUAAGCUGGUCCUUAUAGUCUACAGUCUGACUGCUGUCUGCUGCUCCAUAAUUGGCUAGAACAGAUAUCCUGUAGCAGCUGUAAUGUUUGCACACAGUUGUCAUGAUGCGUACAGCAGUGCUGGUGCUGGUCCCUGUUUAGCUGAGGUAUUUUUGUUUGUUUUUAAUUUGACGUACUCCAACAUUAAAGGUCAACAAAACAGAGCCUUUAAAUUCUUACCCUUCCAAUAUUUUGGCCAGUUACAGUAACUUGUUCCAUACUACCUCCAGUUAUAUUUCUGGAGGGGAAUUCUGCACACUUUUGCACCUAGCAUGCAUCAAUUUAUGCAGUUACUGUAACAGUGAUUUUCUGUGUGGGGAGGGGGUUGGGUUUUUUAAGGGAGAGAGCUAGUUCUGUGAUCCUUAUACUUAGGGAUUUUUUUUUUAAUACUGUGUUCCUCUCUUUUUUUUUUUUUAAGCUUAUGCUUCACUUCCCUGAGCAACUUAAGCAUUCUCCAUAUUUCUACUGCAUGGUUUCUCACUUUCUCACUUGUGUUGAGUCCAGUAUUAGUCAUAUCUUGUUUUAAUCUAGACCAUCGUGCCCUUUUAAAAGGUGAAAGCACAACCCAGAAUUCUUUCACCAGGACUUGAUUCCCCUACCACAAAUAGUCUAAUUGAAUACAAAACCAGCAGCAGAAAACCACUUAAUUGUACUACGAGUGCUGAUAUGCUGUGGUGGGAUUGUUCCAGGCUGAUGGAGACCCUUUUUUGCAGAAAUGGCAAGCAUGCAUCUCCAAUGAAAUUCAUUAGGGUUGCUAAUAUUGAAUAAAUUAUUUACUGGGUACUUGUACAAUAUUGACCCUUAUGUUUAAAAAAAGUAAUCACCAGCUCAUCCUUGUAAAAGAUUUGUUUUCAUAACUUUUUAACUUGACACAUUUCCCAAUAACAUUCUGUAAAUAAAGUCAGUUCUACCUGC